AUGGCUUUGAGAUCAAGACAAAGGGCAUUUGAAAUGUUAAGAGGUAACCCUUGUGAAUCUUACAAAUCAUUGCCCAAUUUUUUAUAUAUGCUUGGAACUACAAAUCCUGGAUCUGCCAUAGACACACAAUUAAGAGAAGACAACACAAUUUUGUAUGUAUUCACAGCAUUAAAAGUUUUAAUUAAAGGAAGGAAGUAUUGCAAACCUAUAAUCGUUGUUGAUUGUACAUUCCUAAAGGCAACAUUAGGUGGCACACUUCUUGUUGUAACAGCUGAAGAUGCUGUUGGAAAGCUAUUCGCUCUAGCAUUUUCUGUUGUAGAUUCAGAAAAUGAUGCCUCACGGAAAUAUUUCUUCACUAAAUUGAAACAAGCAUUUGGAAUAAGACAAGGUAGCUGUAUUGUAUCAGAUAGACAUCUCAACAUAGAAUCAGUUGUUAAGAAGAUUUAUCCUGAAGCUACACAUGCAGCCAAAGCAUACACCGAGAGUGAAUUUGAAUAUCAUAUAAGAGUUGGACAACUUAGAUCAAUAGUACAUGCAAGAGAACUGCCAAUCACAACAUUACUAAUGCACAUACAUGACCUCCAACAAGAAUACUCAUACAAACAUAGAAAAAUUGAAAUGGAUACAGUUACAACAAUUACAAAAAACCAUGAAGAUUUACUUUUUCAAAAUUACAUUAAUUCACUGAAAUUGCAAGUGAAACCAUCUACACAUGAUAUCAUAACAGUGCUGUAA